AUGGAAAUGGAAAUAAAAGUGGAAGUGCACACCGUAUACCCAUCGUCAUCAAGAGCAGAACCUCCUGUGAAGGUACCUCAGGUUACAAGAGUCUCGCAUGGUUCGUGGGGUACUCCAGACUCAUCGCCAUGUCACAAUCUAGUAAGAAAAACUCAUUCAAACAUCGAAACAAAGUCUAUAAUAAAAGAUGAAAAUUUUGAAAAGGACAAGGCGGCAAUAUUUUUAAUUGAGAAACGGUUGCAAAGUCUUGAUGAAGCAAAAAAACCCUUACACCACCGGAACUCGGAGGAUAAAAUAGAACCGAUAGAAUCACCACAGAGUCCGAUUCCUACGUCGCCGUUCAAGAAAUGCAAAGGUUUUAAGCAAGCUUUAUCCAUUUUAUUUGACCCGUAUAUACCUAUUGAUCCGCAAGGUCGAGGAUAUAUCACAUGGUUGUUUCUGGUGACGUUUUGCUACAGUUAUAAUGCAUGGUCUAUUGCCCUUCGUGCCACCUUCCCUUACCAGACCCCAGAGAACCUGCCCGUAUGGCUAACGGCUGAUUACUUUUGCGACAUUAUCUAUUUCCUCGACGUCAUUUUCGUAAAGCCCCGACUUAUAUUCCUUCAUGAAGGAUUUUGGGUCACGGACCAGAAGGAAACUAGGAAGCAUUACAAGAGGAAGACACAAUAUAAGUUCGACGUAAUUGCUCUCUUGCCUCUUGAUGUACUGUACGUAUUUUUUGGGACGAAAAUGGUGAUAUUGCGAUGGCCCAGAUUACUAAAACUACAAACGUUCUGGGAGUUCCACCAAGCAAUGGACCGCGUGCUCUCAUCUCCAUAUGUGGUGAGAAUAGGAAAGACAUUAUUCUAUAUUUUUUACUUGAUUCAUUUGAAUGCCUGCGUGUACUACGCUAUCAGUGACUACAUUGGUCUUGGCUCCAAUUCCUGGGUCUAUGACAAUGAGGGAAAUGCUUACAUCCGCUGCUUCUACUUCGCUACAAAGACUGCUACUUCUAUCGGUAAAAACCCAAAACCAGGUAACACUUGGGAGUAUUUAUUCAUGACAGCUGCGUGGCUCAUGGGCGUUUUCGUGUUCGCAUUGCUCAUCGGUCAGAUACGAGAUAUUAUAGCGACAGCUACAAGGCAGAAAACAGAGUACCGCAAGAAAGUAGAUGGUUGCGUCCGGUACUUACGCAGCUUGAACAUGCCAGUAAGCCUCCAGCGUCGUGUCACUUGCUGGUUCAAAUACACUUGGGCACAGCAGCGUUGUUUUGAUGAAGCGAGAAUCCUAAAUUCUUUACCGUACAACAUGAAACGCGAUGUAGCACUUGAGGUCCACAUGAGCACUUUGAGUAAGGUACAACUUUUUCGGGACUGCUCCGCAUCACUGCUGCGUGACUUAGUGCUGCAAUUAAGACCAGUCUCGUUUUUACCAGGCGAUGUGGUGGUGCGGCGAGGUGAUGUUGGUCACCAGAUGUAUAUCAUAAAAACUGGGAAAUGCGUUGUCAUGUCACCAGAUGAAAAAGAAGUGCUCGUGACAUUGGGCGAGGGUUCUGUGUUUGGUGAGAUCAGUCUUCUUGGUAUUGAUGGGUUAAGGCGACGGACGGCAACUGUACGUUCACGUGGGUAUUCCACUUUAUUCGGUCUGUCUCGAAACGAUUUGGAUACAGCAUUGAGCUAUCACAAGGAAGCUGAACAGAUAUUACGACGUAAAGCCGAUCAGAUUAUAAGGGAAAACGCGGCUAGGCAGGCAAAACAGAAAAUGGCGAUAGAAGCAAAGCAGAGAGAAGACUCAGGUCUAAAAAGAAGGAGAAGAAGUGGUGGAAGUGGCGAUAGUAAUGCGACCGAAAGGAGAAUGAGAUCGGCUAGUGCACUUUCUAAAAGGAAACUCUCAAUGGUCUCUGAAGAUAAGCCUUCUCGAGUGUAUUCAGAACGAAGCACGUCCCCGGAUAUUAAAAGAGCGGAUGUAGCAACUCCAAUACCAACAAUUAUCUUCUCCAGUGAGACAAAUUAA